AUGAAAGUGGUCGACGCUGUGAAGAAUGACGUCCGCACGGAUGUGACCUGGAAUAAGGUCGGUCGGCUCACGACCAAGGCCGCGAGGGCUCUCCCUUCUGCCACCGCGCAAUAUCUGAUCGACAAGGUGCCUAUCGUGGGCUGGCUGCCUCGAUACAACCCCCGGUGGCUCAUCAACGACACCAUCGCGGGCUUGACAUUGGGCUUGAUGCUCAUUCCUCAAGGCCUCUCCUAUGCCUCACUUGCGACAAUUCCCAUUCAAUAUGGCCUGAUGUCGAGCUGGUUUCCAUCUGCGCUUUACGCCUUCAUGGGAACUACCAAAGAUUUAUCUACCGGUCCGACCUCCCUCAUCGGGCUCCUGACGUCGGAUAUCGUUGCGUCGUUCGGCGAAGAAUCACCAUACUCGCCUCAGCAAAUUGCGUCUGCGGUUGCCCUGUCCAUGGGUAUUUUUGGUAUUAUCAUGGGGUUCUUGAAGCUCGGCUUCUUGUUGGAAUUCAUCUCCAUCCCUAUCAUAACCGGAUUUAUCUCGGCUGUGGCCAUUACCAUCCUUCUCAACCAGAUGGGCUCUCUGCUUGGCUCCGACGUUUCAUCCGACGGUGCUGCCAGUCAAAUACAUGACGUCUUCGCUAAUCUGGGCGGAGCGAGUGGUCUAACAUGCGCCAUCGGCUUCUCAUGCAUCGCGUUCUUGACCAUCCUCGACAAGUCUGGGAAGCGAUGGGGUGACAAGAACAAGAUCAUUUGGCUUCUGUCCAUCCUCCGCGCUUUCCUCGCCUUGGUCCUCUACACAGGCAUCAGCUACGCCGUUAAUCAUAACCUUGACGCAGACGAUUACCUCUUCAAGGUGGUGAAGGUGAAAUCUAAUGGAUUGGAGACGCCUACAAUGCCUUCCAUGGACCUUAUUAGCCAGGUUGCUGGCAAGAGUAUCACCGUGUUCGUUGGCGCGGCUAUCGAGCAUACAGCAAUCGCGCGGGCGUUCGGUGUGAGAAAUGAUUAUAUUCCUGACCAGAGCCAGGAGCUCUGCUACUUCGGGGUUUGCAACUUUUUCAACAGUUUUUUCCACUCAAUGGGUGUCGGCGGUGCCAUGUCCAGGACAUCUGUCAACUCGUCCUGCAAAGUCAAGUCGCCAUUGUCCGGAUUUGUUACGACUGCUAUCAUACUGGUAUCUAUAUACAAGCUAGUUGGUCUUCUUUACUGGAUUCCUAAGGCGGCACUUGCGGCUAUCAUCAUCUGUGCGGUGUGGCCUUUGAUCUAUCCGCCCUCGACCUUCUACCGCUUCUGGAAGACCUCCCUCGCCGACUUCAUCACAUCAAUGCUGGCUUUCUGGAUCACGUUGUUCUACUCUACCGAAUUCGGUAUUUUUAUUCCCGUUGCCUUCAAUAUUGUCUACCUCAUCCUUCGUCAAACAUUUGCAUCCAUCACGGCGUCUGCUGUACCGCCACGCUCAGAACUAGCCUCUUCCCUCGACGCCGCGCGCGGCUUGCCACCUUCUCACGCCGCCGAUCAGAUGAUGCAAGAUGUCCACGUCUUCCGCUUCAACGAGUCGUUCUUCUUCCCCAACUCGCACCGCCUGACGGCACGCAUCCUAGAUUCGGUUCAAACUCAUCAUGGUCCCAUCUACAACGGUUCGCGGGGCGCUGAAAGAGAGCGUAACUGGUCCGUGGUGGCCGAGAAGCGGAUAAAGCGUCUCCGGUUGGCAGCCGGUGUCACUGACCCCUCGGCCCUGCCCCCUAUCGGCUUGGUCGUGCUCGACUUUGGAAGGGUCAACCACAUUGAUACCACUGCCGUAACGCAUCUCAAAACCCUAACUGCCGAAGUCUACAAGUACGGCGGCAAAGGUGUUGAGUUCCGCUUCGUGGACAUGAGCCCUUAUGUGCGGGAGAGGUUUGAGAGGGCCGGGUGGAAGAUUGUGGACGGCAGCGUACCGCUUGCUCUUUCAGAGGCAGAUGAAGCCAAACAGACUAGGCUAUUCAACUCUGUCGCCGAGGCGGUCAUGACGCCCAGAAUGAGGGACUCGUACUUCGAAGAGCAAUUUCUGGAAAAGUCAGACACGGUCAACACGCUGAAACCGACUGCUUCUUACUUGGAAGAUGCCUGA